AUGCUGAGGACGGUGUUCUCGGCAUACAAAGGUUAUCAUGCUCCGAAAGAUGCAAGUUCCCAAGAUGAUGACAACUGGAAUAUGACCCAGACAAGAAGUCGCACGAGAUCCUCGAGGCGGCAACUGGGACCUCCUCUUUCUGGAUUCGAUCAGCUGAAAUGGGACGUUGUGGGGAAGGGCCAUAGCAUAGUGUAUGGAGACUCGAAGCCGACAAAAAAGGGGCCAUCUAGUUCGGAUUCCGAUAUUAGUGAUGAUGAUAGGACACCAGAUGGAAACCCCAAGGAAAACACAGAGGGGAGUCGCUUCUACUCCGAGGAUCAAAUCCCCUAUGACGAAUUCGAUGGUAAUUUUUCAUACGCGUCUCCUGACAUACUAGAACCCGACCAGGACAUUGAGUUCGAGGCAAGCCGAGGUGAUAACGAAAAGAAGGAAAGAAUUGGAAAAAAUGGAAAAAACAACAAAACCAGAGGCACUGGGAAACAUCGGAAGCAGGACAGGGUCAUGAGCAGGAAGCUGGAGAGAAAGGCAAGAAAGGAAGAGAAGAAGCAGAAGAAAUCACUCAAAAGCUCAGGCUUAUAUGCAACUAGUGAUGGUGACAAGGUGAAGUUGUUGAAUGAACUUUAUCGGGAAGCAUCUUCAAGGCUGGAAAGCUCUUUCAAGUACUAUGAUGUUUCGGUGUACAAAGAGGAUCUGUUCAACCUUACGGAUGACCAGUGGCUGAACGAUAAUAACCUCUCAUUCAUCUACGAAUUUCUCACGCGAUUUCAGCUUGUUCCAAUUUUGUCUUCUCUAUUCAAUAAGAGUAUUCCGCUGGAAAAAUCGUCCGAAUCGAUAAUCCUUUUGAAGCCAUCCAUGAGUUACCUUCUAAUGCACACACGCGACCCUACCAUGUUGAAGGGUGUGCUUCCGCCUAUGGAGCGUGCGUCGUUCGUUUUUCUUCCUGUCAACGAUAACGACGAUGUUGAAUUGGCAGAGGGAGGAUCGCACUGGUCGUUGGUAGUGGCUUCAAUUCCAGAUAACACUUGCUUCGUUUUUGAUAGUAUGACUUUGGCUAACGAAUCGGAAUCAUUGACACUGAUAAACCGGUUUGAAGCAUACAUGGGACAGAAAUAUAAAGUCAGAGCCAACAUGCCAACUCCGCAGCAGAUUAACGGAAGCGAUUGCGGAAUCAUGGUUUUACAGACCACGGCUUUGCUCCUGGCUCGUCUGCUAAACAGCGAAGAAGGUGAGCCACUAUCAUUUGACCUCUCUGAAAUCAAUCUGAGUGCGAUCGAUGGCAGGAUAUUUGUUCUGGGUACUAUUCUCAACCUUCUGAGAAGCACUUCAGGAUAA